AUGCCAGAGGGUCUGCCAAAAGCGCCGUUCCUGGCGCCCACGCAGCCAAAGCACUUCCGAUCUUCGUCAAGCAUGGCCUUGUCAAGACUUCGUGCACAACCUCAAUCGCAAGUCUGGAACGCCUCUGGCUCUCGCCACGCCAGCAAUCCCAUUGUUCGCAGCCCUCUCCAGCAGUCGUUCCCGGCGUAUCCAAACCCAGGAUCAGAGGAAGACACAACCUUCGAUCAGGUCAUGCAAGAGACGCCGUCCCGUCGCAGCCGUCGCAGUGAACAAGGAACUCGUCCGCGAGGCGAAUCACGAUCCUCAUCUGUCCCGAUCAUCGUCCGCCCUCUCGAAGACGCCGCGCAGUCUGACGCUGGUGCCCAGCUGCAAGCUGGCAGCCGACCUUACUCACGCGCUUUUUCACCGAUCCCCCGAACCCGAGGCCGCGCGAACGAGACCAUCACCAAUGCCAACGCCAAUCCUCUGAACCCAAACGCGAAACGCUCCGUCAAACACCUUACAUGCUUUUGGUGGUGGGAAAAGGGCGAAUGCCGCUUCUCCGAGGAAGAAUGUCUCUACGCACACCAUGAUACAGGUCAUUACACUCUUGCUCCACGCCAGGUCAUUCCUGGAGAACCAGCCAAAGCCGGCAAAUCGCUCGAGCGUGCCCUCAACAAACUCGCAAUCGUCAAUCGAUCCUCUGCUUCCUUGUCGUCGCUUGCAACCGCCAAUGCUUACAAUCACGGUCACGGCCAUGGCCCAGCACACAUCACUACCACCAACAAUGCAUCUGACGCCAAUCCUCGCCCAGCAACACCUCAUGACAAUGGGGUUGCACGCAGCCGGUCCAACACCCCCUCGCCACUAGAAAUCGGACAGGCGCAUGCCCAGGCUCAAGCCGAAGCGACCCAACAGCUCAAAACUGACAAUGACUUUCUCCGCAGCCUGGUCCAGGAAACUCAACGCGAGAAGCGCGCUCUCGUCGACACCAUCGAGGUCCUUCAGAACGACAAGAAUCAGCUCCAAUCCCGAAUCGAGGCCAUGUCCAACGAGCGCGGCAACCUACUGUACGAGCGAGAUGUCUUACAAGCCACGAUCAAGAAAUUGCAAUUCGCCAACACUGCCAAUACUUCAACUGCCAGCAGCAACAAUACUAACACUAACGCCAGUACCAUGUCCCUGCGCUCUCCUUCUACCGGCACUGGAGGCUUCGGUCUGGGCUUGAGCCAGCAGAGUCCAUGGGGCGCCAUUGGGAGCCGUCGUCCGAGUCCUGCGGAGAAUAGAUGUACUGGCAUGCAGCAGGCUCAGCGAUCGGCCAGCGAUGGAGCUGCGGAUUUCAAGAAUGUGAAUAUGUUGAACAACAAUCAUCCCCUGAACAAUAGCACCAACAAUGCUGGUGGCUUCAUGGAUAACCAUCGACUACGUUCAUACACACCACCAGGAGCGCCAGCUUUGAACCCAGCGGCAAAGCCUUACACGAGUGAAACCACGGCCGACGAAGACGACCAGCUCGACAACGACCUCAGCUCCUUCGACACCGGCAAUGAAUUCGAAGGCGAGAAUUUGAAGAGCGUCUUGAGAAGCCUUGGACCCAGCUUUUAG